AUGUGGCGGUUUAUAGAUGGCGUCAGUCAACCGAAGAAAACAAAGUUAGAAAGAAAAGACUAUCAUGACAAUUAUGACAAAACUAAAAGGCAACGAAAGUUUUUAACUGUAUGGACGAUAAAUAGAGAAUGGUUAGUUGACUCGGAAAAGGGUAUGAUAUGCACCUACUGCAAACAAAUACCAACAUGUACUACUGGAUCCCGUCUGUUCGUUACAGAUUGUACCUCCUACAAAUUAGAUAGUGUUACUAAACAUGAAAAUUCUUUACAACAUAAAUAUGCUGUUCAAGUCAAUGAGGGUAAGAGCAAGCCUGUAGACGAGUCUGAAGCUGGGAAGAUUAUCUCUACACUAAACAAAGAGAACUUUGAAAAGUUGGAAAAAAUGUUCCGUAAUUGUCAUGCACUAAUAAAAAACAACAAACCUUUGAGUGAUUUUACAUGGAUGUGUGACUUAGAUGGUAUGAAAGGAUUUGAUUUAGGCAGAACAUAUAGAAACAUUAACUCGGCCAAAGUUUUUAUUCAGUCUAUUGCUGAUGUUGAAUUUCAGAAAAUAGCUAAUCAGAUCAAAGACACUAAAUUUUUAUCUGUAAUUGGAGAUGGGUCAACUGAUUCAGCUGUGAAGGAGCAGGAGAUGUGGUUCAUUAGAGGAUGCAGAGCAGGUAUUGUGACAGUAGAUUUCAUUGGUGUUCAUUCGGCAAAUAAAGCAACUGCAGAAAAUAUUGUUCACGGUUUACAAGAGACAGUUGUCAGUAAUCUGAAGAUGGACUGGAGUCAGAUAUCAAAUAAGCUAGUUGGUUUGAGUUGUGACGGAGCCAGUGUGAUGACAGGAUGCAAAUCUGGUGUUAGAGCUAUCCUUGAAAAAGACUGUCCAUCAAUUGUUACUAUCCACUGUAUGGCUCAUCGACUAGAGUUAAGCUUGAAGGAUGUAACUAAAAAAGUAAAGACAUACGAGAGAGUGAACAUUUUAUUGGCAGGGUUGUAUUAUUUUUAUCACAACAGCGCUCUGAAUAGAGCAGUUCUGCAGAAAACAUAUGAAGCUACAAAGUCUCAGGAUGAAAAGCUGUUAAUUCCAACUAGAGUCGGAGGAACAAGAUGGAUUGGUCAUCAAGUCACAGCCAUCCUCCAUGUGAUUACGUCUUACAAAUUUAUUAUAACCCAUAUGGAACAGUUAUUGGAGACAAGAGAAAGGGUUUCAUCUGAUGCUAAAGCAAAGUCAAAAGGUUUCUUGAAACUCUUGAAGUCAAAAGUUAUUGUUGGAUUUUUGCUCUUUCUGCUGGAUGUCCUUGCACCUUUGCGUCAUCUAUCACUGAACCUCCAGGACAGGACUGCAUUAAUAUCAUGUCAGCAUGAUUCCCUGGAAAGUGCACUUGAAGCUGUUAGGAAGAGCAAAACAUGUGAUGGACCUAAUCUCAGAAAGCUAGAUGACCAGUAUGAAGGCACUAAGUUGUGUAACACUGGCUUUCAACACUUCAAUCAAAUAAAAACUACUUUCAUUGAAAGCAUAGAGUCUGCUCUACAGAAAAGAUUUUCAGAUUUUGCCCCAUCUUCAACAAUGCCUGUUGUUAAUGCAACACGCAUAGCUGAUUUAAAAGCAUGGCCACAGGAAUGGGAAGAUCUCAGAGACUUUGGGGAUAAGGAGUUGCAAAUUCUACUUGAGCACUUUGAUCCUGUUCUCACAGAGGCUGGGGUGAAUGUUCCUGAAGCUGAAAUUGAAUGGACAAUGAUUAAAAAGGAAAUACACAAGAGCGAUCUUCUUGGAAGCGACUGGGUCCUUAUACAGAGAAAAUAUGAGAACAAGUUUACCAAUAUCCUUUCAGUUAUUGAUCUCAUUUUCACUCUUUCACCAAGUUCUGCAGAAGCAGAAAGAGGGUUUUCCCAAUUGAAAUGCCUCAAAACAAAUUUAGGAUCUAGACUCAACCAAAACACACUUAAUCAUGCUCUCUCUAUUAAGCUCCACUCUAAAAACAUCAUGGACUAUGACCCAAAGCCAGCAAUACAUUCUUGGAACAGCAGUUCAAUGAGGCAAAGGCGCCCUCAAUUUGAAAGGAAGAAGAACACAGAGACUGAAAACUGUGAUGGUGUCACAGCUGUAAAUCAUGUUGAGGAGGAUAAUGCCAUGCACAUAGUAGAAGAAGAAGAAAACCAUGAAGCAGAUGAAGAAGAAAACAUUGAUGCAAGUGAAGAAGAGGAAUCUGAAGUCAGAGAUGCAGAUAAAGAGAAUGAUUCAGAAGAUGAUCUAAGUGAUGACAUUUCUGAAAAUGAAGUUUUUGAAAAUUUGAGGGAAAUUGAAAUGGAAUAUGAAUAUAUGAAUUAA